AUGUUCCAAGAGGUGCAAUUGCCCUCUGGUGGGUCCUACGAGCAGCCUUUGGGUUUGUUCAUCAACAACGAGUAUGUAGCGUCGUCUUGCGACGAGAUAAUAGAGUCCAUGGACGCUUCGACGGGGAAGGUUAUCGCAGCAGUGCAGGCAGCAGACGCCAAGAUCGACGUCGACAGAGCCGUGGACGCGGCCCGCAAGGCAUUUCCCGGCUGGCGUGACACCCCGGCCGCGCAGAAACGGGAUCUGCUGCUGAAACUGGCGUUUUUGGUCGAGCGGAAUGUGGACACGCUCGCGCAGGUGGAGUCGCUCGACAGUGGCAAGCCACUGGCGACCAACGCCAAGGGCGACAUCUUGGGCGUCGCGGAGGCCCUCAAGUACUACGCUGGCUGGGUGGACAAGGCGCAGGGCCAGUCUUUCAGCCCGGAUCCCCGGACGCUCACGUACACCAUUCACCAGCCGCUCGGUGUGGUUGGGUGCAUCAUUCCCUUCAACUAUCCGCUGGCGAUGAUGGCGUGGAAGUGGACGGCCAUCGCCACGGGGAACACGGCUGUGUUCAAAAGUGCGGAACAGACCCCACUUUCCAUUUUGUAUUUUGCGCAGUUGGUCAAAGAAGCGGGCUUUCCUCCCGGUGUGUUCAACGUCCUGUCCGGAACGGGUGCCAAGGUCGGUGACGCGAUCGCCAGGCACCUCGGAAUUGACAAGAUUGCCUUCACAGGGUCCACCGCGGUGGGCCAGUUGAUCCAACAGACUGCUGCUGUCAAUCUGAAGCCUGUGACGCUGGAAUGUGGCGGCAAAUCACCCAACCUGGUGUUUGCGGACGCUGACUUCGAGCAGGCAGUCAAAUGGACAGCGCAGGGCAUCUUCUCCAACAUGGGCCAGAUUUGCUCCGGUACCUCUAGAUGUUUUGUGCAAGACUCUGUCUACGACAAGUUUGUAGAAGCCCUGGCGAAACAUGUCGAGGAAAAAUACGUGGUCGGACCCCCUGCGGACCCUAAAGUGGUUGUCGGCCCGCAGAUUUCCAAGGUCCAACAGGAACGCAUUCAAUCCUAUAUCAAGAAGGGCAUGGAGCAAGGCUGCCGGGUGGCACUCGGUGGCCUGGGACUACCGGAUGCUAUCGCAAACUCCCAGGAGCACAAGUCCGGGUAUUUCGUCAAGCCCACGAUUCUGGCCGAUGUGACGUCUAAACACAUCGUGGCCCGCGAAGAGAUUUUUGGACCCGUCAUUGUCGUGGGUAAGUUUUCGACCUAUGAAGAAGCCUUGGAGGUUGCUAAUGAUUCCACCUAUGGGCUGGGGUCUGCCAUUUUCACCCAGGACAUAACGAGAGCUCACGACUUCGCAAACAAGGUAGAAGCCGGAAUCUGCUACAUCAACUCUUCCAAUCAACUUGAUUUUGCCUUGCCCUUUGGUGGUGUCAAGAUGAGCGGUCACGGCCGCGAGCUUGGCGAGUACGGCUUAGCCAAUUUUACCAACGUGAAGGCCGUAUACGUGAACUUGGGAAGCAAGCUAUAG